UUCAUAAUAUCACUGGCUCAUGCUUUUCUCGAAAAAUCCGAAGAAAAAAUCUGUACUUAACCAAAGGAUGGUAACUCUAACAAUGGCUGAUGAUGAACACAAGGAAUCCGACCCUUUUGCUGAAUAUUUAUGGAUGGGAGAAAUGGAAGAGUUUGAUCGAGAAAUCGAAGCAGAAAUUGAAGAAGAGUUUCACGAAGAACAGUUUAUUAUGUCGUGUAUAGAGCAACUUUUAGACGAAGAAGAAGAACAAACCGUUUAUUAUCAACAUAAUCAAAAUCAUGGCGAAGCUUAUACUGAAGUGUAUCCUCCUUAUAUUAAUAACUUUACUGAGCACGGUUAUCAACUUCAAAACUCGCCUCAUUAUUAUUAUAAUGACCAACAACUUACAUCAGAUAUAAAUAACAUGUAUAUUACAUCGUCACCUUACGAGGCAGAAUAUUUAUAUCAUAAUUCUUAUGUCCAAGAAACUCCUACUGCAAUAUUAAAGAAAUCUACUCUUAACCCUAAUGCUGCUGUUUUUACUAUGAAUCCAAAUGCACAAGAAUUUGUCCCAAAAGAAAUAAAAGCUUGUGCGUAUCCAUCGACGCUAGAGCAGGAUCAUUUAUCAGAAGAUCAUGCAAAAAUAGACGCUCCACCGAAUAGUUGCGCUAAUUAUUAAUUUAUAAAACAAGAAUAAAACAAUGUUUAUUUUCAAACUAUUUAAUUUCACA